ACUGGGUCCUCUCCCCAUCGCCUCUGUCGUCGCUCCCAUGCGACAGGAAGGUCUCGGCCAAAGCUUGACGCCGCAGGUCCACAUCUUGGGCCCGUACUCUUAGUCACACAAAGCGCCCCUCGCGAGGGUAAACCAAGUACUCCGUGAGCAUAGCUGACAACAAAGCACGCCUUGUACAGUCGACAGAGAUGAACUACCAACAAAUGGCGUACCUGGAGACCAUGCGGAAUCCAGUCCUCGUGGAAAAUCCGUUGAUGGAUCCGGUGAUGGACGGUCUCAUCGACCCGAACCUUAAGCCAGCUACCUCGCCGCCACACUUAAUCGGUUCCUGGGACCGCUCUCAGGUGCUAUGCUACUCUGGAGACAAUAAUAGACCUACGCCCUUGAGCUAUCCGAUGGUUGACCCUGCCGUUGCUGAAGCGACGUCUAGGGACGGCAGCGCAGUAUUCCCCCCGUUCGGGCAGCUUCAACGUCAAGAAUCGCCCUCGUUUUCCCACUCGUCAUCAACUAGUAGCAGCAUACUCAGCCCGCCGAGGGAGGGAGAUUAUUACCACCUGCAAUCGCCUCCCACGCCAACCGAUACCACGGUCAUGUCCCCAAUUCUAAGCCAUUAUGAGAGCAGUAGCUCGCGCAGUCAGCUGUGCCGCUUUACCGGACUUGCCGAUGACUGCGUAAAGCCGUACGACAUCUUCCAAGAGACUCCAGAGAGCUAUUUCGACGAUACCGGUAAUUUCGGCCCAGAUUUCCCUACAAGAUGUUACAGUAUCUCGAGCGACGAGGGCAGCGCUCACCUAGGCAUGUGCGGCAGGCCGGGGAAAGUCGGGCUCUCUCGGUCGGAGAGCUCCUCUGGGUUCCCUGCUGACGUGAAGGAAGAGAUCCACAUAUCGGGACAGCAUGGAGACUUCAGGACGUUCGAGUCGGAAGAUGCUUUUAUACCCGGCGACCCUCGAGUCUUGGAUUUAAAGAACGAGGAUGGAGAUGACGACGAUUACAAGCCCAACCAGAAGCAGAGACGAGCAAAGCUUAGUACAGAGCGCAUCACCAGGAACCGCAAACGGCCUUGUAUUUCACAGCCACCACCAGACACAAAACGGUCUAGGAUCGAACCCGGUGACUCGGCCACGAUAGACCGGCCAACCACCAAGCCUGUGAUUCAGGGGGCUAAAGGCAGUUUCUCCUGCACUGAGUGCUCCAAAAAGGUUCUGUUCAAAGAUGAGAGUGGCCUACAGAACCACAUGAAGAAGCAACACACUCGGCCCUUCGUCUGCGUCUUCGGGUUUGCGGGUUGCAGUUCAACUUUCGCCAGCAAGAACGAAUGGAAGCGGCAUUGCUCUUCUCAGCAUCUUGUCCUACAUUAUUGGGUCUGUCAACAAGACCAAUGCUCCAAAGUUUCGAGUAAAUCGACCAUGUCCACCCACGGCCGCUCCAACCACCCUUGCUACCAAAGCACUUACUCGCCGGCACUCCCCCGCGGGACUAUAUUCAACCGCAAAGACCUCUACACGCAACACCUUCGCCGCAUGCACAUUCCUUCGGCCCUCAAGAAGCAAGUCAAGCAGAGGAAACCCGCCCCGGAAUGGGAGGCGGCCGAACGCUGGUACCAAGACAAAGCGCGCAGGACGCGAUGUGACCUCCCUACUCACAUGCAAUGCCCAGCUGCCGGCUGUAGCGCUCGCUUUGACGGCGCUAAUGCUUGGGACGACCGGAUGGAGCAUGUUGCGAAGCAUCUCGAGAAAGCUGUCACUGGCUCAGAGCCACCAAUUCAAUUCGGUGGGGAGAACGACAGGACCCUGAUGGACUGGGCCACCCGUGCUGAUAUCGCCAUCGUUGAGAAAGGGGAAAGGGGGAAAUGGAAGCUACGCAACCCCCUUAAGUCCGGUAGUGGUACGGUAGUCCAGACCACGAAGAAGGAGGAGGACGAAGACGCCGAAGGCGAAGAGGUCGACGAGUAGCUCCUCAAUCUAGAUAUAUCCACCUCUAUUUUUUAUCCCUUUUGUGGAGGGCGAGUUUUACAUAGUGCGCGAGUGCGCUCUCGGUGAGAAAGAGUCAAUCACGAUCAUGUACAGGGUUAAUAAUGACUACAGCGGAUGAUGUGUACAGCAAGUAUUAAAACAUAAAAUAGGAGCUGGCACAUGGGGUUUUCCAGAAUAGCCAAUACCAAGAGUGGCCAUGAUUGAUUCCGACAUUCACGAACUGUCCCUCUCAGGUGCU